AGUUUAAACAUGAGAGGAAGAGCAAUACAGGAAGAAUCCUGGGACAUGUUGUGUUUAUGUCAGUGGACUCGAUCGUGUUUAGAUCUCAUCUGAUGAAAGAUUGUCACAUUCCUGAUUGAAGCUCAUAACAGCAGUGAUGGACCACAAGAAGACUGUUGUUGUGACAGGUUUUGAGCCUUUUGGUGACCAUACUGUUAAUGCCAGCUGGGUGGCAGUACAGGAGCUGGAGAAACUGGGUUUGGGUGACGAUAUAAACCUUCAUGUUGCUGAAGUUCCAGUGGAGUAUCAGGCGGUCCAGAGUCUUCUGCCGACUCUAUGGAAACAGCACCUCCCACAAUUAGUGGUCCAUGUUGGAGUUUCUGGAAUGGCCACCACGGUAACGCUUGAACAGUGUGGUCAUAACAACGGUUACAUGCGCCUGGACAACUGCAGGUUUUGUCCUGAAUCCCGGUGCUGUAUGGAGGGAGGGCCGGACUGCAUUCAUUCUGUUAUAAACAUGGACACUGUGUGUGAGAGGGUCAACGCCUCUGAACUCGGGGUCACUGUGUCUGUGUCAAAGGAUGCUGGAAGAUAUCUAUGUGACUAUACCUACUACACAUCGCUGUCCCUGGGUGAUGGCAGAUCUGCAUUUGUCCAUGUUCCUCCCCUGGGGAAUCCUUACAGCGCAGUAGAGCUCGCUCGUGCCCUCAGGGCCGUCGUCCUGGAGAUGCUGGAACUGAUGGAGCACAACAAUGGGAGGAAACACUGCCUGCACGACCAAUGAGAGCACAGGGGCGGGCCUCAGAUGGCUCACUCACUCGUCGUGUAGCAUUGGUUUGAAUUCAGAGCUUCGUACAUAUUCAAAGACAUCAGUGUCUUGACUUCUGUGCUACAUACUUAAAGGAGCAUUUAGCUGGUUUGAGGUGCAACCUGUAUGCUAAACUCAACUCUGCAGCUGUGCUUGAAUAGGAAAGAAAUCACUUUUAUGGGGUAUACUUGAAAAAUGUCAAGAUAAAAAAAGUCAGAAUUUGGAUGCAUUGUUCUAAUGUAAAAAUACUCCUAAAAUUGCACUUGUUGGUCUUUCAUCAUCCUUUUAAAAUGAAAAUUCUGUAAUUUACUUUAGAGGUCGACCGAUAGUGGAAUUUGUCGAUACAGAUAACUAAAUUAUUUUUUUCUUAGUCUUUCCUUAAUGUGGCGGGCACAGACAUGGAGACUACAAGAGUCCAAAAUGAAUAAAAUCCCACACUGCAAAAAAACGAUUUGUUGGCUCAACAACCAUAACAUAUCAAAAUAAAUAGCUUCUACUCAAAAACGUACAAAUGUAUCACAUUUUUAGCAUUACUUUAUUUGCAUGAGCGUGGACAACACAAAAUAUAAAUGAUAAGUUGAACUUAGAGUGAUAUAUAAAGUAAAUGAAUUGUUGUGUGUACCUUGAACUGUUUCAUCUUAAAAAUCCGUAAAAUUAAAAUUUUUAAGUACUACUCCGAAAAUUUAGAUAUGGAACUGAGGUUGUUGCACUUAAAUAAUUUAGGCAUGUUUGUUUUAUCAAAAAGAACUUAUGUGGCAUUUCAUUUGGAACAAAAGGAUUUUGAAUAUUGUAAAUUAGCGGUCGACUGAUAUGUUGCUAGGCAUUGCUAGCAUGUUUUAGCAUGUAGCUAGGCAUUGCUAGCAUGCUUUAGCAUUUUGCUAGGCAUUGCUUGCAUGUUUUAGCAUGUAGCUAGGCAUUGCUUGCAUGUUUUAGCAUGUAGCUAGGCAUUACUAAUAUGUUGCUAGUGUUAUUAGCGUGUUGGUACCAUGUUUUAGCAUUUUGCUAGGUGUUACUAAUAUGUUGCUAGUAUGUUUUAGCAUGUUGCUAGGCAUUGCUAGCAUGUUUUAACAUGUAGCUAGGCAUUGCUAGCAUGUUACUAUGUGUUUCUAGCAUGUAAGUCUUGUCUGAAAGUUACAAAAAUAAGUUUAAAAGCUUGGAGUUUUACAGACCAACAGAUAGAACAACAGACAGAUGAUAGAUAGAUGAUAGAUUAGCAUUGCUAACAUGUCGCUAGGCAUUGUUAGCAUGUUUUAACAUGUAGCUAGGCAUUGCUAGCAUGUUGUAGCAUGUUUCUAGCAUGUUUCUAGGCAUUGUAAGCAUAUUUUAGCAUGUAGCUAGGUGUUACUAGCAUGUUGGUACCAUGUUUUAACAUUUUGCUAGGUGUUACUAAUAUGUUGCUAGCAUGUUUUAGCAUGUUGCUAGGCAUUGCUAGCAUGUUUUAGCAUGUUGCUAGGCAUUGCUGGCAUGUUUUAGCAUGUAGCUAGGCCUUGCUGGCAUGUUUUAGCAUGUAGCUAGGCCUUGCUGGCAUGUUUUAGCAUGUGGCUAGGCAUUGCUGGCAUGUUUUAGCACGUAGCUAGGCAUUAGUAGCAUGUUACUAAGUGUUUCUAGCAUGUAAGUGUCUAAAAUUUUGGUCUCAGAAGAAGUCAGAAUAAUAAUACAUUUAUUUAGUAGAACAGUAUGUUGGCUUUUUCAAGCCAACAUAAUAAUAAAAAUUAAAAAAACAUAACUAUCGCCAUCUAUACUUGUAGAUAACUGAUAGUUCCAAAAAGCAACUGUCGGCACCGAGUAAUAGGUAAAACUGAUAUAUUGGUCGACCUCUAAUUUACCAUAUUCAAAAUCCUGUUGUUCCAAACUUGUAUGACUUUAUUUCUUUCGGGAUACAUAAAUGUGAAUUUUUAAAGAAUAUUUUUUUCCUUGUAAUGAAAGUGAGUAUGGACUGGAGCUGUCACUUCAUUCACUUUCAUUAUAUGGAAUAGAGCAGACAGGAUAUUCUUCAAACAUUUUGUGUUACACAGAAGAAAGUAAGUCUUACAGGUUUGGAACAACACAAGGGUGAGUAAAUGGUGACAGAAUUUUCAUUUUGGGUGAACUAUUCCUUAAAGAAAUCAUAAAUUAUACCAGUAAAUUUAGUACCAGUGUUUUCUAUUGUUUUCUAUAUACAUAAUUCACUCGGUCAGGCAUUUCUGUGGUAUAAAGUGUUUCAAAUGUGGUUCCCUCAUCUGCAGUUUUCAAAUAUACCCCAAAAACUUUGCACAGUUUUUACUCUCAAAAGACCAAAAGGUUUUAUUUGUAAAGGAGACCUGAAAUUAAAGGGAUAGUUCACCCAGAAAUGAAAAUUCUCUCAUAAUUUACUCACCCUCAAGCCAUCCCAGAUGUGUAUGACUUUCUUUGCUUCUGCUGAACACAAAUGAAGAGUUUCAGAAGAAUAUCUCAGCUCUGUAGGUCAGUACAAUGCAAGUGAAUGGUGACCAAAACUUGAAGCUCCAAAAAGCAUAUAAAGGCAGCAUAAAACUCCUUUUUCAAUAUAAAUCUUGUCAUUGCAGUCUCUAAGCUCUUGACGCAUUCGUAGAGCACUAGAUGGCGCUAGGAAUUGUAAUCGAGCUUGAAAUCAUGAUCGUUAAGAAGACUGUUGAUGUCAAGAUUUAGAGUAAAAAAGGAGAAUUAUGCUGCCUUUAUGUGCUUUUUGAAGCUUCAAAGUUUUGGUCACCUUCAGAGCUGAGAUAUUCUUCUAAAAAUCUUCGUUUGUGUUCUGCAGAAUAAAGAAAAUCAUACACAUCUGGGAUGGCAUGAGGGUGAGGAAAUGAUGAGAGAAUGUUCAUUUUUGGGUGAACUAUCCCUUUAAGAAAUUAAAGUGUGUGAUUUUAUAGUGGAAGUAAUGAUCUGCCUGUUGGACCAUGUUAAAAAGAGAUGAUAACUAUGGUUGUCUGGAAGUGCCAAAGUGCGUAUAUAAGAUCACUACCAUUAAAAACUAUUAGCCGUAUCUAGUCUAGAGGUAGACCGAUAUAUCGGUUUUACUGAUUAAUCAGUGCCGAUAGUUGAUUUUUGGAACUGUCGAUAUCUGCUAAUCUAUGUCUAUAGUUGCAGAUAGUUUGUUCAUCAUUUCAAAAUAAGAGUCCCCGUUGUGUUUUGGGCUUGUUUGCACUAAAUCUUCAUUUUUUCUGGUUAUUAUUUGGAAUUUGGUUGAACAAAAAAAAUGCAUAUGGGAUUUUAUUCAUUUUGGACUCUUUGUCUUUGCCCGCCAUAGUAAAGAAAGAAUAAGAAGAUUUUUUGACAUUGUAUAAAUCGAAUUAAAAAACUAUCAUCCAAUUGAUCGGUUAUCGGCCUUUCCCCACUACCUUAGUUAUCGGUAUCGGCAAAAUCCACUAUCGGUCGACCCCUAAUCUAGUCUAAAUAUGGUUGUCAUCGUUUCAUGGAAUUCAUGCAAAGGAUCGCAUACAAACACAAAGACACUUAAAACCUCACGCCUUUAUGAGUAACUCAAGGUCUACUUUUACUAUCAGUGCUAACUGUCAAGACAUCCAAGGUGCUGUUAUUCUCCACCAGCUAUUCAGGUUUGCUUUUGCUUAUUAUACGAAACAUGAAAUUGUGAGAUGAUUAUAAAGUGAUGUCUGUUUUUUCUCGGAUGACAUUGUUCCAGAGUUCGUCCUUAUAUUUCAUUCAUACUUUCUGUGAAAAACUGGAAAUUUGGGCUGUGAAUUACAAUAACUCUUUUAACUGUCAAUGAACAGUUAAUAUGAUAUUAUAUUAUAUAUUUUGAGCUUUUUGACAGUUUUUACUGGAAUUGUACAGUUAUAAACACUAUGGACCAAACUGAUGAUGCUGUGAACCUUGAUGUUGCCUAAAACACAAUCUUUUCAGGAUCACAUCAUUAUCACUGAUCCUUUUCAUUGUAUUAAAUGUUUUGACAGUAUCCAGUUGCAGUUACGGUGCGUUCAACUCAAUGAUGUGCACAUAUUCAUUGGAAACAGUUGCAGAUUGUCUUUGGUUUGUCUCCUCUUUCCACUGUGUUUUUACAAACUUGUCAAUAAAUAAUUCCUGCCUUA